UAAAAUUUCUGGAACUCCUGUGCUUUGAGGUCUCUGAUGUUUCACAGCGAAAACAUUCCGCUGUAGUGUCAUUAGGUGUUCCUUUGAUAUCAACACAGCAGUUUGCACUACGAUCUCCACCAGAUUCGACGGCAUCACACAACGUUUCUGACCAAACCACUCAUACGACGUUUUGACGACACGAUCCUUCAGAAAUAUUCCUUCUUCUGCAACUAAACAAGCUUCCUUGAAUUCAGGUAAGUCUACAAGCCUGAACAUGGCAUGAAUAGUAUUGAGAAUGAAAAUAAAUGAUUGCGUGAAUUUAGUUCAUUAGUUAACUGUUAAAUUAACAUUUCUGUUUUGUCUUUUCACAAAGCCACACAGCAAAUCCUCUACUAAUUUUGAAGUGACAUUUUAUUGGAUGAUUUUGUUAAUACACUCACAAUGCUGGCAUUAGUUUAGUUCAAGUCAUAUUUCUGUGUUUGUGGGUUGACAGAGCAUAGUGUUUGUCCUGGAUAACUGGACUCACAAAAGGAGUGUGUUCCUAUUUCAGUUAGAAAUGCAGUCAUGUAAAUGUGUGGCAGUCAAUUCGUGGAACAGAUAAUUAAAUUUAAAUUGUCAACACAAAUACAUAAACUAACCUGCUAACCUAUAAUUAUUUUUAUACAUACCUUAAUGCGCCAUUUUGUUUUUUAGUUGUGGGGCAGACAAUAUUGUGAUGGGCUGAAAACAUGAAAUGUAAAAGCUGAGCACAGACAGUGUGGUCAUGUGAAUUUAAAAUAAUAUUUUAGCUGUUGUAUCUUUUCAGUUACAAUGGACAGAGGAGAUGGACCCCACAACGGUACUAACCACAAUGCUCCUAACCUCGGUAGGUACCUCACUCCUCAUUUCAUACCAACAUGCCUGAUGUUUAACCCAAAAGAUCCCACAGUGACACUGGUGUCAAAAACCUUUAAAUGAGGAAAAAAGUUACUAUAAAAGUCCAAAGUAAAAUAUAUGUAGAACUACGAUCUUGGACACUACAGGGUACUUUUUCCAAGAAAACAUCAGAAAUAUGUUACAUGUAAUCCAUUUGAUAUGUUUUAUAUCCUCCAUCAUUUUCCUAUAAAGAAAAAUGUGUCUGGGCUCUUAUGUGUUAAUGUUACAAGGUGUAGGACAGACAUGUUGUGAUGUACUGAAAACAUAAAAUGUAAAUAAUGAACAAAAACAAUGUGAUCAUGUGGAUUUAAAAUAGUCUUUUUUUGUUUUGUUUUCAGUUACGCCAGACUUAGGAGAUGGACCCCACGUUGGCCCUAACCAUGCUGGACCGGUACAUAACCCACAGCAGGAAAUUCUGCAGGUCAUUGAACAGUAUGGGCGAUUUGACGCUCGAACGAUUCACUGGCUGCGGUACGUCCUCGUCAAUGGACUUGUGAUGGAAGCCAUUGCUUACCUGAGACAAAUUAGAGAUGAACUGGCGGGCAACGAUAUUGUCCACAAUUUUUACAAUAAUUAUGAUGACUAUGAGGAAGAAGAUGAGGAAGAUGAAGAAGAUGAAGAAGAUGAAGAUGGUCAACAGGUUGAUGCUCCUGCUGAGCCUCGAGUUCACUUGGAGGUCAACCGUCCUGUGGAAGCAGAAGAUCCCCUGCCUGGAGGAUCCAGGAGGAAUGAACUGCCUGGUGCCAUCUCUGACAGUGACGUCGACAGUGAUGCUGAGGAAGAAGCACCUUCCACCAGCUCAGUGCCUGGAGGAUCAAGGAGGAGGUCAAGAGAGGAAGAUGAAGGAGAUAAGAUGAGCAGGAAACGAUUCAGGUUCUGGAAUGAUGCCGUCUCAGACAGUGACACUGACAGUGACACUGACAGCGACACUGACAGCGACACUGACAGUGACACUGACGAUGAAGAACCAGUGCGAGCACAUUGUUCUAGCCAACUGUCUGGAGGAACCAGCAAGAGGAGAAGAGAGGAGGAGGAGGAUGAUGACGACAACAGAGGCAGCAAACAACCCAAACGCCGACACUAUUAGAUUUUAUCUUAAAAUAAAAAUAUAAAAUACAAUAUUUCUCUAUGAAAUGUAGUGACGUAUUGGUAUGAAAUGUAAAGCAUAAGUUGUAUAUAGUAAAUUUAUAAGGAUAAAUUUGACUCAAAGUGAAUAAAAUAUUACUCUGAAAAAUAUAAUGGAGUAAAAUUUACUGUUAAUUUUUCAGAUUUCUACUGUGUUAAGUGCUUUCAUUUAACUGACUUUUAUUUUACUCUAUGUGACA